AUGAGGGGCAGGAGUUACAGUCUUUCACCACCAAGGGGUUACGGCAGAAGAGGAAGAAGCCCUAGCCCUAGGGGUCGCUACGGUGGUCGUAGUAGAGAUGCUCCAACGAGUCUUUUGGUUCGUAACCUACGCCAUGAUUGUCGGGUUUGCCUUAAUAGAUCUGAGGGAGAGAAUGAGGAGCAUGGUUUGGAAUUUGAGACGAUGGCAGUCAGAGUUGAGUUGAAACUUUUGAAAUCGCAAAAUCAACGUUGCUAA